ACCAAUAUGGAGACUACAAUCAACAAUAUCAAUCCAACAACAAGUAACUGGAAAGCAAAGAUGAUCGUUGGUUAUAAGUCAUUGGUGCAAACAAGUCCAUACAAGCAUAAAAAAUAUCUAAAGUUAACUCUUAUUGAUACAAAGGGAAAUAAAGUAGAAGCUACAAUUUUUGAAUCUGAUAUUGACACUUGGAAAGAUACAUUAAAUAUGUAUCAAUGGUAUUACAUCAGUAAUGCACGUGUUACUAAAGCACAUGACCAUUUUAAAUACAAAGAUUAUCCAUACCAAUGGAUAAUCACAUGUACAACAAAAAUAGAAGAAUCGACAAAAAAUGAAGAUAAAAACCAACAACCAGAGUACAAAAUAGUCAACUUUAAUGACUUAGACCCCUACAUAUCUUCUAAAGAAGACCUUGAUAUAUUAGCCGUCGCAAUACAAGUCAAGGAACCGAAAGAUGUAACAACAACCUAUGGAAUAAAAAGAAUACAAGAAAUAUAUUUGAUUGAUAAGAGUUUCAAGCCAAUUUGUUUAACCAUGUGGGGUCGCUUUGUCAAUGAUGAAGCCCAAAAAAUAUCGGACAUGAUCGAUGAAAAACCAAUCAUACUUGCAACAAAUAUAUCUGCAAAACCAUUCAAAGAUUGCAAAAUUCUGGAUACAAGGAAAAGUUGUUAUUACAAAUUUAUCACAAUCAUUCUACUACAUGUCAUGUCGUGGAUGUAACAAAGGAGCUCAAAAAAACUACAAUGAAAGAUUUCUUUGUUUAUGUGGAUAUGAAUCAACAGCUACACCACGUGCAAGAAUAUAUGGUCAAAUAAAUGACGAUACUGGAAGCGUAUCUGUAAUUAUGUUUGGUCAUGAAGCAGAACAAGUUUUGGGUUGUUAUGCAAAAAAAAUAAUAGAAUAUUCUGAAGAGGAAAAGAAUAAACAUAUUGAAAAUGUUAUAAACGAAUUGACAACUAAGUAUUGGAUACUACAAAUUUAUGUUGACCAAGAGAAGAUGAAGACUCAAAGAUACAAAAAUUUCAAUGUAUACUCAAUUGAAGAAGCAAAACAAGAAGAAGUUGCUAAUUCUUCAUCUUAAAUUAUAAAUAACAUAAAACUAAUAUUUUAUGAAUUAGAUAUCUAAUGUAAAAUUUUAAAAUAUUUAAACAUCUUAUGUAAAAAAAAUAGAACUUUAAAAUUUAUGAAUAUGUAAAAUAAUAUAAUAUGUAAAUAUAUAAUGAAACACAACGUGCUUUGCACGUAGUUGCCGCCUAGUAUAUAUAUUAUAUAUAUAUAUACUAGAUGAAAAUUACGUGGCGAGCCACGUAAAUAUUAGUUUUAUAUAAGUUCUAGUAAUUUUUGUUUAAGAAUUCAGUAAUUAAGCAACGACAACAACAAUGGU